AUCGGACUCAAUCGAAGCCGUCCAUGUUAGGGUUUGGAGCUCUAAGACCAUGGUCUGUUGCGUCAAUCUCUCUUUCACGGCCUCUAUUGCCAGCUUCGUGCCCCUCGACCUCGUGCUUCUCGGAGGACCAGAAUCAUGGUGAAGCAUAACAAUGUCAUCCCCAACGGUCACUUCAAGAAGGACUGGCAGAACUAUGUGAGGACCUGGUUCAACCAGCCCGCACGCAAGAAGAGAAGAAGAACGGCCCGCCAGAGGAAAGCCGUUGCCGUCUUUCCCCGACCAACUGCUGGACCUUUACGUCCCGUGGUGCACUCUCAAACCUUGAGGUAUAACGCCAAGAUUCGUGCUGGACGCGGUUUUACUUUGGAGGAGUUGAAGGCUGCUGGAAUCCCCAAGAAACUUGCCCCUACAAUUGGUAUUGCUGUUGAUCACAGACGCAAGAACCGAUGCUUGGAGAGCCUUCAGGAGAAUGUGAACCGGCUGAACAUGUACAGGGCUAAGCUGGUGGUUUUCCCAAGGCGCUCGAAGAAGACUAAGGCCGGAGAUGCAUCUGCCGAAGAGUUGUCUAGCGUGACUCAGGUCACUGGUGAUGUUUUGCCGAUUGUGAAGUCAAGGCCGUCGGCUGAGAUUGUGUCCAUCACUGAUGAGAUGAAGGCACAAAUGGGAUACUACAAGCUGCGACAGGAAAGGAUGAACGAGAGGUUGGUUGGUGUCCGGAAGAAGAAGGCCGAGCAGGCUGAGAAGGAGGAGAAGAAGUAAUCUUCUAGCUGUAUGAGAAGCAUUUGUCCCUUAUCUUGUGUUCCGUGCUAGUUCAUUGCACUAUAAUCCACGCUGAGUUGCGAAUGAGUGAAUACCAUGGGCACAUUCUCUUCUAUUUAUUGAUAGUCCACUCAUAAUCUUAUAUGGCCUGUCCUGUUUAUAAUAUUUGUAACUGGGUUUGCUCUGAAUGGCCAACCUGAGGAAUGUA